AUGUCAUCUAUUAAUAAAUUAUUUGGUGCUGUUGAUUCAGCCAGGGUUGAAUCAAGUGUUGAUAAACUAUUCAGUAGUUCAACUGGUCCAAUUGAUGAAACUCUACCUAAGUUAAAGGCUAGAACUGUGUUACCAUCUAACAAGAGAACUAAAUCUAAUAAAUCUGACAAAACCAAAGAUGAGGAAGAUGAGGAAGAAGAAAAUAAAGAGGAUGAAAGUAAGGCUGAACCACUAAAGAAGAAGCAAAAGAAAGUUGCUAACAGUGAAGACGAUGAUGAUUUGGAAUCUAAGUAUUAUGCAAAACUGAUCAAAGAAGACGAUACUGAAGAUAAGAGAAAUAAAUCAGAUUUGUCAGAUAAGGAAGAUGAUGCUCCUAAGGAGAAAACUGCUGCUGCUGCUAAGAUCCUUGAUUUGAAAGAAGAGGAAUUAGAAAAAGCUAGAAAAACUAUUUUCAUUGGUAAUGUUCCAAAUACUGUCAUUGGUAAUAAAAAUAUUUAUAAGGAAUUCAAGAAAUUAUUUAGUACAAAUCCAAAGAAGGAUGAAGAGGCUAAAGAAGAAGAAGAAAAGACAGAUGAGAAAAAAGUCAACAAAUUUGAAAUUGAAAGUAUAAGAUUCAGAUCUAUCUCAUUCGAAGAAAUGCUGCCAAGGAAAAUUGCUUAUGUUAAACAAAAAUUACAUAAAACCAGAGAUUCUGUCAACGCAUAUAUCAUCUAUAAGAACAAGAAAGUUAUAAAAACCAUCACCAAGAAUUUAAACGGUUACAUAUUUCACGAUCACCAUUUAAGAGUUGAUUCCGUUUCCCACCCAACUGCACAUGAUAAUAAAAGAUCUCUAUUUGUAGGAAAUCUAGAUUUCGAAGAAGCUGAAGAAACUUUGUGGAGACAUUUUGCUAAGGCAGGUGAAAUUGAAUACGUACGUGUCGUUAGAGACUCCAAGACAAAUGUGGGUAAAGGUUUUGCAUAUGUUCAAUUUAAAGAUUUCCAAAGUGUCAACAAAGCAUUAUUACUAGAUGGCAAGCCAAUGAUAAAUAAAAAUAAACCAGAUAAGAAGGCAAGAAAAUUACGUAUCACAAGAUGUAAAAACAUGCAUAAGGUUGCAGCUAGUGCCAUUAAUGGUAAAAUUACUAAAAAAUUAAAUGAAAAUCAAAAGACUAAGUUCGGCAGAGCAAAGAAAAUUUUAGGUAAAGCUGAUAGAGCCACUGUAGGUACAGAAUUAACUAUUGAAGGUGCCAGAGCCACUAAAGGUCAAGGUGUAUCUUUAAGAAGAAAGAAACAAAGGUCCGUUUCAGGUAGAGUCACGAAACGUUCUCAAGCAUUUAAAAAGGCACAAUCUGAAGAAGAUGCCCACCCUAAAGCAAGUAAGAAAAUAGAGAAUUAA